ACGGAAUAUUUAGCAGAAUAAUAUCAAACGCUUCCAUUUUGUUUAAAGGAAAACAAACAUUUAAAAUUGCUUAAAUUAUUGGGAUUGUGACAAGUGGCUAUUAAAGUAAAGUUAUUGAUUUUUAUGGUUGUGACAUUUAGUAGAUCCAAAUAAUCGAGAUGAACAUAUUGACCAGAGCCAGCUGCUGAUAAUUUAUGGUGGCAAUUGGCACUCAAAGUGAGUACUCCAAAUAAUUUGCUGAAUUAAAAAACAAUUUAUGUGGACUGGCUGUGGCGUUCUGUGCGACACUAAGAUACUCAGAUACUCAGAUACAUUCGGCCCCACUCGGAUACUCACAUUUACAACCACAUCUAUCUAUACUUUGAGUCGCCUGGCUUGUUUGUGCAAUUUUGGCUUGAUGUGGGCAUAUAUUUUUCUCGAUGCGUGUCUUGUACGAUUUUUACUUUAUUUUUGGGCCUAAAUAGUUUUUGCCUAAUGAGUGCGUUUGACUUAGUUUUUGAGUGAGUUUCUAACAAUUCGAGCACAGCCUGCGAAUUGUAUAAAUAAAGUGGUUCUGAAUGCGAGUAUCGUUAGUUGAAUUAAAGCCAGUGUGGAAGCAGCUUCAAAAUCGCGACGAACAUAAAUCAUUUUUAGAUCAACAAAAUGAAAUUCACUUUGCUCCUGCUCAUCGCCUGCGUUGCCUGUAUUGUGGCCGCACCCGCACCCGCUCCCGCCGCCGAGGAGCAACAAGAGUCCUCCGUGAAGGCCAAGCGGGGCUUGUCAUUGGGGUUGGGUUACCACCACGCCCCCCUGGUGACCCAUUCGCAUUACAUUGCCGCCCCCGCGGUGGUGCACCACGCUCCGAUAAUCUCGCAUGCACCGCUCAUCGCCCACGCCCCCCUGAUUGCCCACCAUCCGGUAUCCUCCGUUUCGUACCACCUGCCCACCUACCAUUCCAUCCACCAUUUCUAAUGCAGCACCCACAACGAAUCACCUUUGUCUUUCAACAGCAUUUCCCGAAAUUCGUUUUUGCAUUCGAAUUUUUAAACAAAGAGUCCACACAAUUCCACAUUGCUUUGUAAAUAAACGUUCAAGUCAAGUGCGGUUUCCUUAAAGUUUUUCUUUUCUUAUUUGGCUAGGUAUAGGUA